GACUUCUUCGCUGCUGUAGCCUGUAUAAGAGGAACACAUCCCCAGCCAGCACCAGCCAGGGAAACAGCUCGCUCUGUUCAGCGCAGCCAUAAACUCCCAACUUUGGAGCAGAGUGUCGGAGGACAGAAGCAUUUGGAGCCAGGGAUCAGCGUUUGAUUCUGGGUGCCGGAUUUGAAGGAAGGAGGCAGCUCAUCCUCUCAUUUCUUUCUGCCACACUCCUCCUUUUCUUUCUCCUCCCCCAUCCCCAAUUUCCCUCAUUUCUGAUUCCAUCUUAUUUUCUUGCCGUUUCUGUCCCAUUUCUCCUUUGGGGUCUUCUUUCCCUCUGUGUCUCCUUCUGUUCCCAACCUUUCUCUUCCCCCUCUCCUUCUGACACCACCCACCUCCGUUCUGUCCACCCUCUCCUUCCCUCUUCUCUCUUUGGCAACCCCUCCUCGUUCUCCAGCCCCAGAAAAAGUCCUUCCGAAGACCCCCUCCAAAUACAACAGGCGAGAGGAGGGCUGCUCAGAGGGGGCACCUGUAGGAUGCCCAUCCAGAUAUUUUGCACCAUCUCCUUCUCUUCGAACAAAGAGAAGCACACCGCGGUCAAGUGUGCGACGGAGAGCAAUGGUGACAAACCCCCCUACGAACAGCAAGAGCCAGAAGCCAUGGAGCAAGCCUAUGAGGGUGGAGAGGAACCGGAGGAGGAGGAGGAGGAGAAGGAGAAGGAUGAAGACGAAGAAGGAAGCGCUCCAAACCUGGUGGACUUUGCCAACAGCUGCACUUUGCACGGCGUCAACCAUAUCUUCGUAGAAGGCAGCUUUGGCGUGCGCCAGGCCCUCUGGAUGUGCGCGUUCCUGAUCUCCCUCUCCAUCUUCUUGUCCCAGGUAGCUGGGCGGAUUUUCUACUACCUGGAAUAUCAUCACGUGACGCAGCUGGACGAAAUGGAGAGCGCCGAGAUGGUCUUCCCCGCCAUCACGCUCUGCAACAUCAACCGCAUCCGGGGCUCCCAGCUCACCUUCGACGACCUGUCCUAUAUCUCUCCGCUCGUGGGCUACGACCCCGGCGCCUACCUGGAAGCGGGCUUCCCGUUGGCCUUGCCUGACCUCGAGAGCCCCGAGGAGCCUCUCAACCUGUACAGCUUUUACGACCGCCAUGGCCACGAACUUGAGGACAUGAUGCUGGCCUGUAAAUACCGUGGUAAGGACUGCGGUCCCAGUGACUUCACCAUGGUGUACACACGCUACGGAAAGUGCUACACAUUCAACUCAGGUCAGCCUGACAAGCCACCACGCAUCACCAAUAAGGGAGGAACGGGGAACGGCUUGGAGAUCAUGUUGGACAUUCAGCAAGAUGAGUAUCUCCCUGUCUGGGGAGAGACAGAUGAGACCUCAUUUGAAGCUGGGAUUAAGGUGCAGAUCCACAGCCAGGAUGAGCCACCCUGCAUUGACCAGCUGGGGUUUGGGGUGGCACCUGGAUUUCAGACGUUUGUCUCUUGCCAGGAACAACGGCUCAUCUACCUUCCUCCACCUUGGGGUGACUGCAAGUCGGUGACCAUGGAAUCCGAAUUCUACGAUACCUACAGCAUUGCAGCCUGCCGCAUCGACUGUGAGACCCGCUACUUGGUGGAGAACUGCAACUGCCGCAUGGUGCACAUGCCUGGUGAUGCUCCCUACUGCACCCCUGAGCAAUACAAGGAGUGUGCAGACCCCGCUCUUGACUUCUUGGUGGAGAAGGACAACGACUACUGUGUGUGUGAGAUGCCUUGCAACGUCACCCGCUAUGGCAAGGAGCUCUCCAUGGUCAAGAUUCCCAGUAAGGCAUCAGCCAAGUACCUGGCCAAGAAAUACAACAAGAGCGAGCAGUACAUUGGGGAGAACAUCCUGGUACUGGACAUUUUCUUUGAAGCUCUGAACUAUGAGACCAUUGAACAGAAAAAAGCAUACGAAGUGGCUGGACUUCUGGGUGACAUCGGGGGACAGAUGGGGCUGUUCAUUGGAGCCAGCCUGUUAACUGUGCUGGAGCUAUUUGACUACGCCUACGAAAUUAUCAAGUUCCGCUUCUUUCGCCGCGGCAAAUGCCAGAAGAAACACAAAAGCAACAACAGCGACAAAGGGGUAGCCCUGAGUCUGGAUGAUGUGAAACGCCACAAUCCGUGCGAGAGCAUCCGAGGCCAUCCAGCGGGCAUGACGUACGCGGCCAACAUCCUACCUCACCAUCCGGCCCGGGGAACGUUUGAGGACUUUACUUGCUAACUGACCACUGGAUGUACAACUAACACUACCAAAGGGAAGGACCUUCGCUGAGCAGCCCUGGCCCAGCCCACGAACCUGCCAACUGACUCGUCAGGGCCUCUAUCUCAAGACUCCCAGGGGGAGGCAAGCUGGAUCCGGCCUCUCCUCAACCCAUCCGCCCCAGGCCAAGGCAGCGAUACGCACACGGAGCAAACUGGACAGAGGGGUGGGGGGCAGGGGGGGUUAUCUGUUCUACCAGGUCCACACCAGUUUCUGCUCUUGUCCCUGUGAAUGCCCUCGGACUCUUAACUCGACAGAAGAGCUGCCAAGUGGAGGAGAGGAUACCGCCUUCUCCAGUCCACAUGCGGAGAAGUCUUGACUGCCUAUGUGCCCCCCCUUUGGCCUACACGCUGCCCCAUGCCUUGUUGGUGUCAGCCACCUUGCGUGAAGGCCCUUUUUUUUCUUUCAACGUCGAUGCCAAGAAGAACCUACAGGAGUGCCAGCCAAACUCUUCCCCCGCAGCAUUCGGUUUCGUAAGGGUCCCUUGCCGUAUCCAAAGGAGGUGCUACAUCAAUUCCAUUCCCUCCCUCCCACCGUCAUCUGUAUCACCGCCUUGCUGUGUGUUGUGGGAGGCCACAGCUGAGGCUUUCCCUGUAGCAAGACCGCAACUGAACUGUGAGGGCCCACCUGAAUAUCACCUGCUGUCUCGCCCAACUACCUGAUUCCCUUUUGCUCCAGCCUGGUCUGGGUCUCAGCCUUGUUCACCCCCCAAGAGAGGCAGAGGAAUGAUUGGCAGAUGAGCUGUUCCAAAGUUCAAAACAUUGGUGUUGCUACGAGCUGCCCUGGGCCCCUUCUGUGCAUGUUCUUAGGGGUUACGUGAAAAGUAAGGUUCAGAGAGAAGUCUGCCGUUUCUCAGUAGCGUACAAAACCAGAUUGCUUUCAAACGAGCCUCACUUGAGGGUUCUGCAGCUUCUGAAAGGAGAAGGUGCAAGCAGCCUACCCUGCUGAAUCUGACCCUCUCCCCUACAUUCUACAGAGGCAUGGCAACUUAUAGCCCAGUCCUACAGGCAGAAGGGACACAGCAUCAUUUCUUUGGCUGUGCAGAUGUGUAAGGGUGACCAGUGCCAGUUCCUGCCUCAGCACCACACUACAAAAGGACAGAAAGGACCUGCCUGUAGGCUAGUGACUGUGAUAGCUCCGCUUUGGUGCAACGCAGAAAACCUAUUGCCCCUACGGGCAUUUGGCAGGCAUAACCCAUCCUAACAUUCAGCCAGGAGUUUGCCAGCAGUGAUGGGCUGAGGGACACACCACCAUCAAAAACACAUAGAAGGUCUCCAGGCAAUUGCAUGCUAAUGGUGUAGAACAUUUUUAUUUUUUUUAAUGUUUGCUCUAACGUAUCGUCAGCAUAGACAGGAAUAAAAAUCAGCUCAGGGGAGUGAAGAUGACAGUCUGGUAAGUCUUAGCAAGCAAGGCCUCCUGGAUUUACCCAGUGCAGGAGAUAUGCAGAAUCCCACCGCCAUGUCCUGUUUUGGAACAAGUGUGUUACAACCACCUGAUUGUACAACAGGGAGGUCACCAAGAUCCUUUGGGAGGGAGCUUUCCCAAGCUGGGAGGGUCAAGUACCAUGCAGGGGGGAGGGAAGGAUUAGGCAGACUGGUUUGGGCUUCCUUAUAUACUGAUUCAGCUUCCCACGCAACCUGUUCGCAGUGCCCAUCAUGAGAAGACAAGAGCAGUGGUGAGAAGCUAUCAUGAUGAAGAGGGGAUGACCUCUUCACAAAAGGGGCUCCCACCUGCUCCUGAUUCCUACUAUAGCUCAGUGGCAGAUCAUCUGCUUGGCAUGCAAAAGGCUCCAGGUUUAAUCCCUGGCACCCCCAAGUGCUCCUGGGAGAGCCCCUUGCCUGAAACCCUGGAAGAGUCCCUGUCAGUCAGUUUUGACAAUCCCAUUGAAAGCCACCAUCAAAAGCCCAGGUUUGUUAUCCAGAGAUUGCCCAAUCAACUGCUCAGCCAAACAGAGGGAUUGACAUUGGUGGAGAGGCUUGGCCAGAAUUUGGUUUUGCAGAAGGAAUCUGGCAAGCUUGUCUGCCCAGCUUUGUCCUGAGAGAAGGUGCAUGUGUGAAUCACUCCUGGUCUCUUUGGGAGGAGAGAAAGGUCCAUAAGAAUUUUGCAUUGAGCUGUACAGCUCGACAGAGCUGGAAACUAGAGGCCUUAGCAGGCAGGGAUGAGGAGAGAGGGGUGACUUGGUCUUCCUCACCCUACCUUUUGAGGGUCGCAUUUGUUGAUGCCUUCUCCCAACUGGGUUCAACUGGGGUUUGCCCACAAGUCAACGGAGCUGUCCAAGUUAUAAUGUACACAGCUGGGAUCUGAACAGGCUGGAAGAACCAGCCGUCAGAAUGCAAAUCUGGAUUAUUCAAGUCCAUCUCUGCUGUGUCUGUGAGUGUGCGACAGAGUGGCACUGGAUUAGGCCUCUGCUCCUCCUAUGCCUUAUGACCCAAUGGGUGCGAAGGGAAAAGCAGAGGUGGUGGUGGGAAGACAGACGUUCUGCUUAUAUUAUGGGGAUUAAUGGAAGGGCUGGAGAAGAAACAUGACCUGAAGGUGCCCCAGAUAUCCACCUGCAGCCCCACAAGAGCCAUGGGCCCUGAUGGCUACUAAAACUGCCUCUAGGACUCUUUUUGCCUGCUUGUUUUGAUGCCCUUCAGGGCCAGCUCUCAGAUUUUUGGGGAGGGGGGGUGGAGAGGAGAUCUGCCGACAUGGGUGGUUUUUCAUUUUUGGAAGCAACUGGCUGACCUCUCCCAGCCUGGGUCUCCACAGCAUCUCGUGCCUGCCUCUUCCCUCAACAUUAACCAAGAUUCGCUGCAUGGGCAGCCUUCCCAGGUCCAAAGUUCUCCUUAUCUUUAAGAGCUUUUGCAAUAAAAUCUCACCGUCGCUUUGGUUUUAUUUGCUUUUCCCUUUCGAAAAGGCUUUGUUUUAUUUCGAUCCUGAUUAUUCCAGGGCUCGGAGGUCCGGACUUGCUUGUGAAAGGGGCGUUUGUUGUUUGUAUUCAGCCUCCCGAAUAUAUCGAGGCCCAUAUUUCCCAAAGACGCUGCAACUCUGCCAUGGCUGGACCUUUCUGGAAAGAAGCAGGGGGUCUCUGCAUUGAGGAGGGGGGGUGGAGAUAUGUUUACCUUUCUUUAGUUUUAAUUUGGUUCUUUCUACUUCUCUGCUUGAAAGCUUUUGAAGAUAGGGCUCGAGUUUGACCUCUUUCCCCCCCCCUUUUAAUUUGACCGUUUUUACUACUUCAUGCUCAUUUUAUAUUUCUUAUGUAUAAAAUAUACGAUAUAUAUUAUUAUAAUAUAUAUAUAUGUACAUAUAUAUAUAGAUAAAUACGUACACACUUCUCUAUAUGCGCCAUCUCAGUGUAGAUAUAUCCAUCCAGUAGCAUCAAAAGCCUUGAUAUUGUGCCAUUAUAAUUUCUUUUCCCCCCCCAACUACCGAUCUCUGAAUGCCUUCAAGUGUAUAAAGUGUUGAAUUCUCUCUGGUAUCUGUACUAUGUACACAUUUUCAUAGGAAGCACAAGAAGAUGACAAAUGCAUUGUAUAUCAAAAACGGCUCCUCUUUAACAAUGAUAUAAAGGAUGAUAUCAACCAUG